AACUACAUUGCGACGGGAGAUAAGACCGGAGAAGACUGCACGGAAAGUGUGCUCACUGACGAAGUUUGGUUUUAAUUCAACUAAAAGUUCUUCUUCUUUUCAAGUUGUUCACAUAAAACGUGGUGAUAAGAAGUGCGUGGUAACACAGUAGAUUUGGAAAAGACCUGAAACAAGUAGCCUCGUUAAAAGAAGCGAGCGCGUCUGCUUGCGAAACACUUGUGGCUUUUUGUCUUGCAGUUGGGAAGCGCAGCGUUGACCUCUAACCUCCUGGUCUCCUCCCUCUGCUUGAACUUCUAGAGCUGAUCCCAGGUGUGUAUACGAACAACCCAUGGAGCAGGAAACCUUGGAAACCUUGGAGAUUAUUGAGAGAGGAGAGAGGUCUGUCAGCAGCAGUACUGAGGCCACACCCCCAUAUGGCUACCAGCUAGACCUGGACUUCCUGAAGUAUGUGGACGACAUACAGCGUGGCAACACCAUCAAGAGGCUGAACAUCCAGCGGAAAGCCAGGCCUGUCCGGCCGGCGGCGGGGCCCGUGCCCAGGGGAGGUUGCUCUGGUGGGGGCAGUGUGUACAGCGGGCAGGGCCAUGCUGAAUGGACCUCCACAGGCUCCCUACCCUCCUCCAGUGAAGAGGCACAGCAGAGUCCCCUCUUCUACCCCUCCCCACAGCAUCACCCGCCCCCCACCCUGAUUUACCACGCCCAUGCCCCUCUCCCAUCCUGUGAGCCUCCCCUUCCUCCCCUACCCCCCGAGGGCUACCUGAGCCUCCCCGCCGAACCCCCUCAACGGCCCCAGCCCCCCUCUCCGUGGGAGCCUCCCCUCCUCAACCCCCAGGUUGAGAAGACCCUGAUGGAGACGAGGAGGAGGUUAGAACAGGAUCGCCUCCUCAUGCAGCCCCCCUCCCCCUCCGGACCCCCAAGCCCUGCUCCUCGCCACCGCCUGGCGUCCUUCGGAGGGAUGGAGGGGUCCAGCACCUCCCUGUUCUCCCCUAGCACCCCCCAGUCCCUGCUGCCCAACGGGGGUGGAGGUAGUGGAGAGUACAACCCCUACUACACUUCCAUGGGUUCCUCUAUCCACCACAGCCCCAUGUCCUCAGGCAUGACCACGCCGGCCAGCAACGUGUCUCCGUUCCACCUGCAGCACAUCCGAGAGCAGAUGGUGGUGGCCCUGCGGAGGCUGAAGGAGCUCGAGGAGAAGGUGAAGACCAUACCUGUUCUGCAGGUGAGGAUAGCCGUGCUGCAGGAGGAGAAGAGACAGAUGACCUGUCAGAAGAACCAGAGGCUGGGGGUGGGGGGGGGGUUCAGGAAGAGGUCCUAUAGCGUGGGCAGUGCUGACCAGCUGGACCCCCAGACACACACCCUGCAGACCCAGGAGCUGCACAUCAUGGAGCCAGAGGGCCAGGAGGGUCAGGGCCAUAGUCAGAGUACCAAGGGGAUGGAGGAGUUCAGGAGGCUGGCUGCAGAGGUCCGAGCCCUGGGGGAGAACAGCCAGGAGCAAGGCUCUCACCAGGCCAGGCAGACCCAGACCCACAACAACCAGCUCACCUCCACGGCAGUCGGCCCAGAUGAGAACAUGAACGACGCCACGGAGGUCGCCCAGAGGAAGUCGCCGGUGAUGACGACGGUACAACAACGACACUUCUACCGUGACGUCGGAAUGGCGACGGAGCAGCGUGAGACGCGCAGUGCUGGGACGGGGGUGACGGAAGCCAUGUUGGGCGUGACCAGCGAGGUAGAGGCAGAGUUAGACUUGCAGCAGCAGACCAUCGAGGCCCUGAAGGAGAAGAUCUACCGGCUAGAGGUGGACCUGAGAGAGACCACCCACCUGAUGGAGAUGUCCAAGCUGAAGCUAGAGCUGCAGGCCGCUGGGGGAGCCAAUAGGAAGAGGGCUGAUAAAGGCUGCCAGGUGCGGCCAGACACCUACAGCAUGGCCUGCCAGGCGCGGCCAGACACCCAGAGCACUGGCUCAGAGACCUGGAGAGUCCAGACAAACAGCCAGGGAGUGGGGAACCAUCUAGAGACCAGCCAUGCCUCCACAGGAGAGACCCUCCACACUGUAGGGGUAGGGGUGUCCUGUCAACCCAGCCUGAGACACACUGCUUCGGGACCUGACCUGCCUAUGGAGAGAUGGCUGGUGCAGGAGAGGGUAGAGGUGCAGGACCAGUGUGUGGGUAGGCAGUUGGAGGUGUGUGACCAGGGGGUGGGUGUGGAGGUGGGGCUGUGUGACCAGGGGGUGAACACUGAUGGGGAAGUAGACAGUCUAGAGCUGUGCAAGUCCCGGGAGACAGAGGCCAGGGAGAGGGAGAGCAGGUCGGUGGGCGUUGAGGAGUGUUCUAGAGACGUCGCUGUCAGACAGCUGGGGACUAACCCUGUCCUGGGCGCCACCACGGACUCUGCUGUCAUGGUAACCCCAGACACAGCCUCCCAAUACACCAGCACCCUACUGGAGACCGCUAGCCAACACACCAACACAGAGACAGUGGUGCUAGCUGACGGCUGUACCAACACUGCCCUGGUUCACACUGCUGAGAAACACACCAGCACGCUAACCAAUCACACAAGGACUGUCGCUGUGGGCGAGGGGCUGGUCAAAGACCCACAGACCGUGCCCAAAACCAGGUCUAUUGCCGUGGGAAACACAGUGGAGAGAGACUGCAGUCCAGAGGAGGCAUGGUCGGCCCAGACCAAAGAGGUGGGCGUCGGCCUGGUCGGCAUCCACACCAACUUCCUGGUCGGCCUGAAGACCCGGAACAUUGCCUGUGGCCCCUCCCACCUGGACGGAACCGCUGUUGCCGAGGAGACCAUUGCCGUGACGACUGUUGUACCACCCCAGGCCCAGGCCAUACCACCACCCCAGCAGGUGGAGGGGGGUGCAGGACUAGACCACUACAUAGAGAGGCUUCAGAAGCUACUUCAGGAACAACAGAUGCUGUUGACUGAGAACUACAGUGAGCUGGCGGAUGCUUUUGGACAGCCCUGCUCUUCUCAGUUCACCCACUUUGAUUCUAUCAACAGCCAGCUGGUCAACACUCUGACGUCUAUCAACUCUGUCAUGAAGUAUGGCAGUGCUGAGGAUCUGAGGACACAGCGAGAUAUCAGCAGCCCCGCUACAGAUCGGGGUCAGCUGCAGGUGUCCAGUGAAGUCAUCCAGAGUUCAGAGGUCAGCCAGACGGAGAUAGUGUCACAUGACCCCAGGUCCCCGCCCAGCCCGGCCACGCUGAAACACCGCAUGGACCAGCAGAUGUCCACCGCCUUAAACGGUGGUAAGAGCGCUCUGAAGUCCAUCAUGAAGAAGAAAGAUGGUUGCCAGGGUUCUUUGGGAACCAAGAAGAACCUGCAGUUUGUAGGAGUCAAUGGAGGGUACGAGACAACGUCGAGUGAUGAAUCAGAGGACAGCAGCUCCUCUGAAACAGAGGAGGAGGAGGAGGAGGAGGGGAAGGUGUUCGGAGGAGGAGAGGAAGCUGAAGAAAGGAACACAGAGGAAUUCCAGAACGAGGGAGCAGUGGAAGUGGGGAGGAGUGAAGAGGAGGGAGGAGGAGAGAAGCAAGAGAUGAGAGAGAGGUUUGAGUUGAGUGAGAAGAUGUUGGCUGCCUGUCACGUGUUGAAGAACCACCUGAAUGAUGGCAAGGCCUUAACCAGUAAAGAUGUGAGAGCCUGUGUGAACACAGUUCAGAACGAGUGGUUCUGUGUGUCCAGUCAGAAGGCGGUGGUUCCUGGCAUGGUGGAGGACUAUUUAACAGCGUUUCGUGACGUCUCACUGGCUAUGCUGCGUCACAUUGUCAACAUGGCGGACGGUAACGGGAACACGGCGCUCCACUACAGCGUGUCACACUCCAACUUCCACAUCGUCAAGACGCUGCUCAACGCAAAUGUGUGUAACGUGAACCAGCAGAAUAAGGCUGGCUAUACUCCCAUUAUGCUGUCUGUGCUGGCGGCUGUCGAGGCUCCUAAAGACAUGGCCAUCGUAGAGUACCUCUUCAGCAAGGGAGACGUCAACGCUAAGGCCAGCCAGGCUGGCCAGACAGGGCUGAUGCUGGCGGUCAGUCAUGGCAGGAUGGAUAUGGUUCGGGCGCUGCUGGCCCAGGGGGCAGAGGUCAAUGUCCAGGACGAUGAGGGUUCUACAGCCCUGAUGUGUGCCAGCGAACAUGGCCACGCUGAGAUAGUCAAACUACUGCUGGCCCAGCCGGGCUGCGACGCCACUCUCAGCGACAGCGAUGAGAGCAAUGCCCUGUCUAUCGCUCUGGAAGCGGGUCACAGGGACAUAGCAGUGUUGUUGUACGCCCACGUAAACUUCUCUAAGGCCCAGUCACCGGGAACCCCUCGUCUGAGCAGGAAGACGUCCCCCAGUCCCACCAGGAGGGGCAUGUUUGACUAGCGCCACCGCCCAUUGGUCAAGUCUCAUGACACCAACCAACCAACCGCUGAAGAUUUCAACCCCAGGGACAGACUUUGGCCCACCCCCUGACAACCUGAUUGGACCAUGUGGGAUUGUUGACCAUGCAGUUCAACCAGAAAGGUUCCCUGGGUUUAUAUACCAUGGGGUCCAACCAGAAAGGUUCCCUGGGUUUAUUGACCAUGCAGUCCAACCAGAAAGGUUCCCUGGGUUUAUUGACCAUGUGGUCCAACCAGAAAGGUUCCCUGGGUUUAUAGACCAUGUGGUCCAACCAGAAAGGUUCCCUGGGUUUAUAGACCAUGUGGUCCAACCAGAAAGGUUCCCUGGGUUUAUUGACCAUGCAGUUCAACCAGAAAGGUUCCCUGGGUUUUAUUGACCAUGCGGUCCAACCAGAAAGGUUCCCUGGGUUUAUUGACCAUGUGGUCCAACCAGAAAGGUUCCCUGGGUUUAUAGACCAUGGGGUUCAACCAGAAAGGUUCCCUGGGUUUAUUGACCAUGUGGUCCAACCAGAAAGGUUCCCUGGGUUUAUUGACCAUGGGGUUCAACCAGAAAGGUUCCCUGGGUUUAUUGACCAUGGGGUUCAACCAGAAAGGUUCCCUGGGUUUAUAGACCAUGUGGUCCAACCAGAAAGGUUCCCUGGGUUUAUUGACCAUGUGGUCCAACCAGAAAGGUUCCCUGGGUUUAUUGACCAUGUGGUCCAACCAGAAAGGUUCCCUGGGUUUAUUGACCAUGUGGUCCAACCAGAAAGGUUCCCUGGGUUUAUUGACCAUGUGGUCCAACCAGAAAGGUUCCCUGGGUUUAUUGACCAUGUGGUCCAACCAGAAAGGUUCCCUGGGUUUAUUGACCAUGAUGAAAGAUGAAACAUAUUGAUCAGCCUUGUAGUAAGAUGAGCUGGUAUUGAUCAGUCUUGUAAUAAGAUGAGCUGGUAUUGAUCAGUCUUGUAGUAAGAUGAGCUGGUAUUGAUCAGCCUUGUAGUAAGAUGAGCUGGUAUUGAUCACUCUUGUAAUAAAAUGAAACACCUUUGGUCAGUCUUGUAAUGUGAUGUUCUGGUAUUGGUCAGUCUUGUAAUGUGAUGUUCUGGUAUUGGUCAGUCUUGUAAUGAGAUGGUCUGGUAUUGGUCAGUCUUCUACAUGAACAUCCCAAAGUGUCCUUGUUAAACUGAAUGUAUAGAGAAGAAGGGUUAUUUUUUGUAGCUACCUGAAAGAAGACACCACCAGCAUUCGGUCUGCUCUGAGUGGAUAGAGAGGAGGAGAGCAAGAAGGAGGGAGAGAAGGAGAGGAGAAGGAGGAGGAGGGGGAGAGGAGAGAGAGAGGAGGGAGUGAGGAGGAGGGAGAGAGGAGGAGGAGGGAGAGAGGAGAAGGAGGAGGAGGGAGAGAAGGAGGGGGAGAGAGAGAGAGGAGGGAGAGAAGGAGAGGAGAAAGAGAAGGAGGAGGAGGGAGAGAGAGAGGAGAAAGAGAAGGAGGGGAAGAGAAGGAGAAGAGAUGUCAUACUUCUUGAGGAGCUGGACUUCAUAAGAACCCAGAAACACAUAUAUUGUAUUCUAGAAAUGGGCUGCAAUAGACACGCGUCCUGUCCAGGCAGUGAACGUCAAGAGCUGCCUCACAAGAGAGAGAGAGGUUCCUGGCUCACAUACUUACAUAUCCAGACUAUAGACCUUUUCAGCUGUCAAAACAAUAACACGUUCUGUACCAAGAGGUUCCCCAGUAAGCAUCCGCUGCUGCAGUGCCCCAUAAUUGCUAACUAGCUAGGUAGUUGGCUAGCUAGCACAAAAUGACAAGUUCGCAUUUCUUCAUCCACCAAAAAGCUGAACAAACAACUUAUUGACUUGCUACCAGAUCCACUAAACACAAUCAUGAGACAACGUUUAUUUCUCGUUUAUUAUCUGUUUGCUCUGGUGGUGUUGCAUUAGGCUAGCACAGUAAAUAACCACAUAGCUAGCGUGAUGUGAGGAUAGAUAAAGAUCAGGUGACCUUGUUAGCCAGCCAGAGCUAGCGUGAUGUGAGGUUAGAGAAAGAUCAGGUGACCUUGUUAGCCAGCCAGAGCUAGCGUGAUGUGAGGGUAGAGAAAGAUCAGGUGACCUUGUUAGCCAGCCAGAGCUAGCGUGAUGUGAGGGUAGAGAAAGAUCAGGUGACCUUGUUAGCCAGCCAGAGCUAGCGUGAUGUGAGGGUAGAGAAAGAUCAGGUGACCUUGUUAGCCAGCCAGAGCUAGCGUGAUGUGAGGUUAGAGAAAGAUCAGGUGACCUUGUUAGCCAGCCAGAGCUAGCGUGAUGUGAGGGUAGAGAAAGAUCAGGUGACCUUGUUAGCCAGCCAGAGCUAGCGUGAUGUGAGGUUAGAGAAAGAUCAGGUGACCUUGUUAGCCAGCCAGAGCUAGCGUGAUGUGAGGUUAGAGAAAGAUCAGGUGACCUUGUUAGCCAGCCAGAGCUAGCGUGAUGUGAGGGUAGAGAAAGAUCAGGUGACCUUGUUAGCCAGCCAGAGCUAGCAUGAUGUGAGGUUAGAGAAAGAUCAGGUGACCUUGUUAGCCAGCCAGAGCUAGCGUGAUGUGAGGUUAGAGAAAGAUCAGGUGACCUUGUUAGCCAGCCAGAGCUAGCAUGAUGUGAGGGUAGAGAAAGAUCAGGUGACCUUGUUAGCCAGCCAGAGCUAGCAUGAUGUGAGGUUAGAGAAAGAUCAGGUGACCUUGUUAGCCAGCCAGAGCUAGCAUGAUGUGAGGGUAGAGAAAGAUCAGGUGACCUUGUUAGCCAGCCAGAGCUAGCGUGAUGUGAGGUUAGAGAAAGAUCAGGUGACCUUGUUAGCCAGCUAGAUUCAUUUCUCUCACAACAGCCAACAAUAAACUAAAGUAAACGUAGCUAGUAUCUGAGUCCAAUGUUUGACGGACUCAUUGUUUACAACAAAGUUGCCAGCAGCAGUAAUUACCCCACUAUCAACCUCUCUCUCCCCCCUCACUAAUCUGUCACUCAACUCAUCUAUAUUUUACCCUUUAUCCUUAAGGCCCACUUAGUUUCAAUCAACAAACAUAGUGUCGUUUAAAUGAACCGCUAGAUUGUGCUAUUCAUAUAUUAUCAACCUCACGUUAUGAGACAUAGCUAGUGGUUUGGUUACUGCAAAGCUAGACUAUACAACAUGCUAGUGCUGACACCUUGUGGUGAUAAUGUUGAACUGCAUAUUAAUUACACCAGGAUGAUGCAUAACAUGAAGCAAACACAUUUCAAAUUCAUUUCAAGCAACAUAUUUGGCAAUGUCUUUUUAAAUUAAAUCAAAUUAACCUUAAAAUAUUCCUUUCUGGACACCUUCAGGAUAGUGAUAUGAGAUAAUGUCUCUCCUGUGAGCAUCUCAUCCUUAAGGUCCUCCUUCAUAAUGUCUCUGCCCUGAGCCUCUCAUCCUCAAGGCCCUCCUUCAUCCUGAGCCUCUCAUCCUCAAGGCCCUCCUUCAUCCUGAGCCUCUCAUCCUCAAGGCCCUCCUUCAUCCUGAGCAUCUCAUCCUUAAGGUCCUCCUUCAUCCUGAGCCUCUCAUCCUCAAGGCCCUCCUUCAUCCUGAGCCUCUCAUCCUCAAGGCCCUCCUUCAUCCUGAGCCUCUCAUCCUUAAGGUCCUCCUUCAUCCUGAGCAUCUCAUCCUCAAGGCCCUCCUUCAUCCUGAGCCUCUCAUCCUUAAGGUCCUCCUUCAUAAUGUCUCUCCUCUGAGCCUCUCAUCCUUAAGGUCCUCCUUCAUCAUGUCUCUCCCCUGAGCAUCUCAUCCUUAAGGCCCUCCUUCAUCAUGUCUCUCCCCUGAGCCUCUCAUCCUUAAGGUCCUCCUUCAUCAUGUCUCUCCCCUGAGCCUCUCAUCCUUAAGGUCCUCCUUCAUCAUGUCUCUCCUCUGAGCAUCUCAUCCUUAAGGUCCUCCUUCAUCAUGUCUCUCCUCUGAGUAUCUCAUCCUUCAUCAUGUCUCUCCUCUGAGCAUCUCAUCCUUAAGGUCCUCCUUCAUCAUGUCUCUCCUCUGAGCCUCUCAUCCUUAAGGCCCUCCUUCAUUACAAGGGUAGGGCUUGAAUGAAUCCAUUUCAUGACGGCAUGUAGAAGUCUAAUCUGGUGUCCUUCAACAUGGUUAUCCUCAUUAUGAGUCUAAUCUGGUCUCCUUCAACAUGGUUAGCCUCAUUAUGAGUCUAAUCUGGUCUCCUUCAACAUGGUUAGCCUCAUUAUGAGUCUAAUCUGGUCUCCUUCAACAUGGUUAGCCUCAUUAUGAGUCUAAUCUUGUCUCCUUCAACAUGGUUAUCCUCAUUAUGAGUCUAAUCUGGUCUCCUUCAACAUGGUUAGCUUUAUUAUGAGUCUAAUCUGGUCUCCUUCAACAUGGUUAGCCUCAUUAUGAGUCUAAUCUUGUCUCCUUCAACAUGGUUAUCCUCAUUAUGAGUCUAAUCUUGUCUCCUUCAACAUGGUUAUCCUCAUUAUGAGUCUAAUCUGGUCUCCUUCAACAUGGUUAGCUUUAUUAUGAGUCUAAUCUGGUCUCCUUCAACAUGGUUAGCCUCAUUAUGAGUCUAAUCUUGUCUCCUUCAACAUGGUUAUCCUCAUUAUGAGUCUAAUCUGGUCUCCUUCAACAUGGUUAUCCUCAUUAUGAGUCUAAUCUGGUCUCCUUCAACAUGGUUAUCCUCAUUAUGAGUCUAAUCUGGUCUCCUUCAACAUGGUUAUACUCAUUAUGAGUCUAAUCUGGUCUCCUUCAACAUGGUUAUCCUCAUUAUGAGUCUGAUCUGGUCUCCUUCAACAUGGUUAUCCUCAUUAUGAGUCUAAUCUGGUCUCCUUCAACAUGGUUAUCCUCAUUAUGAGUCUAAUGAGAAAGGAAAAACCCACACACAGAUCAAGUGUGUUGGGCAUGUCAGUGAGUGUAACAGAUGGGUGAGUCUGUAGCACACGUGAGUUAGCUGACAGGUGAGCGCUGGGCUCUUUCUCAAUUCAUCCUUCCUCGAUUCCUCUCCUCACCUCCUAAAAACUAAUUGUAGAAUAGAAAAACAGACAAACAGGAAAUGUUCAAUGACCAAAAAAUGCACUAAAUUCACAGAAUCAACACUUUCUGUGAUACAAAGAACGCCUAUUUAAAUGGUUAGUGGAUUUAGACAUCUAUAUUACUCCAAAACAAGAGAUGAUUGAUUAGUUAAAUGAAUAGUGUCUAAUAGAAAUAAUCAGCAGUCAGGGCUGGAACAGAAACCUGCUCAGCCAGUAGGUAGAUAUAUAACAGCAAGGUGUCAGGGCUGGAACAGAAACCUGCUCAGCCAGUAGGUAGAUAUAUAACAGCAAGGUGUCAGGGCUGGAACAGAAACCUGCUCAGCCAGUAGGUAGAUCUCUAGCAGCAAGGUGUCAGGGCUGGAACAGAAACCUGCUCAGCCAGUAGGUAGAUAUAUAACAGCAAGGUGUCAGGGCUGGAACAGAAACCUGCUCAGCCAGUAGGUAGAUAUAUAACAGCAAGGUGUCAGGGCUGGAACAGAAACCUGCUCAGCCAGUAGGUAGAUAUAUAACAGCAAGGUGUCAGGGCUGGAACAGAAACCUGCUCAGCCAGUAGGUAGAUAUAUAACAGCAAGGUGUCAGGGCUGGAACAGAAACCUGCUCAGCCAGUAGGUAGAUAUAUAACAGCAAGGUGUCAGGGCUGGAACAGAAACCUGCUCAGCCAGUAGGUAGAUCUCUAGCAGCAAGGUGUCAGGGCAGAAACAGAAACCUGCUCAGCCAGUAGGUAGAUAUAUAACAGCAAGGUGUCAGGGCUGGAACAGAAACCUGCUCAGCCAGUAGGUAGAUAUAUAACAGCAAGGUGUCAGGGCUGGAACAGAAACCUGCUCAGCCAGUAGGUAGAUAUAUAACAGCAAGGUGUCAGGGCUGAAACAGAAACCUGCUCAGCCAGUAGGUAGAUAUAUAACAGCAAGGUGUCAGGGCUGGAACAGAAACCUGCUCAGCCAGUAGGUAGAUAUAUAACAGCAAGGUGUCAGGGCUGGAACAGAAACCUGCUCAGCCAGUAGGUAGAUCUCUAGCAGCAAGGUGUCAGGGCUGAAACAGAAACCUGCUCAGCCAGUAGGUAGAUAUAUAACAGCAAGGUGUCAGGGCUGGAACAGAAACCUGCUCAGCCAGUAGGUAGAUCUCUAGCAGCAAGGUGUCAGGGCUGAAACAGAAACCUGCUCAGCCAGUAGGUAGAUAUAUAACAGCAAGGUGUCAGGGCUGGAACAGAAACCUGCUCAGCCAGUAGGUAGAUAUAUAACAGCAAGGUGUCAGGGCUGGAACAGAAACCUGCUCAGCCAGUAGGUAGAUAUAUAACAGCAAGGUGUCAGGGCUGGAACAGAAACCUGCUCAGCCAGUAGGUAGAUAUAUAACAGCAAGGUGUCAGGGUUGGAACAGAAACCUGCUCAGCCAGUAGGUAGAUCUCUAGCAGCAAGGUGUCAGGGCUGAAACAGAAACCUGCUCAGCCAGUAGGUAGAUCUCUAGCAGCAAGGUUGGCCAUGCAUGUUCUAUAUCUAUGCAUUGUUACUUUAACAGUAUUGUUAUAAUCCUACAACCAAUUCUAACAGUCAACCAAUAGCAUAUCACCCAUUGGAAUUAUAUCCUUGAAUAACUUUCAUCUGCAGACAGGAUUUAGCAUCUUUCACAGGUCUCUGUAUCUGAAACAUAGAAAUUCGACCAGGACUUGCUUCAUUAGAAACAUACAUUAGACCAGGACUUGCUUCAUUAGAAACUUAAAUUACACCAGGACUUGCUUCAUUAGAAACUUAAAUUAGACCAGGACUUGCUUCAUUAGAAGCAUAAAUUAGACCAGGACUUGCUUCAUUAGAAACUUAAAUUACACCAGGACUUGCUUCAUUAGAAACUUAAAUUACACCAGGACUUGCUUCAUUAGAAACAUACAUUAGACCAGGACUUGUUUCAUUAGAAACUUAAAUUACACCAGGACUUGUUUCAUUAGAAACUUAAAUUACACCAGGACUUGCUUCAUUAGAAACUUAAAUUACACCAGGACUUGCUUCAUUAGAAACUUAAAUUACACCAGGACUUGCUUCAUUAGAAACUUAAAUUACACCAGGACUUGCUUCAUUAGAAACAUACAUUAGACCAGGAUUUGCUUCAUUAGAAACUUAAAUUACACCAGGACUUGCUUCAUUAGAAACAUACAUUAGACCUGGACUUGUUUCAUUAGAAACUUAAAUUACACAGGACUUGCUUCAUUAGAAACUUAAAUUAGACCAGGACUUGCUUCAUUAGAAACUUAAAUUACACCAGGACUUGCUUCAUUAGAAACUUUAAUUACACCAGGACUUGCUUCAUUAGAAACAUACAUUAGACCAGGACUUGUUUCAUUAGAAACUUAAAUUACACCAGGACUUGCUUCAUUAGAAACUUAAAUUAGACCAGGACUUGCUUCAUUAGAAGCAUAAAUUAGACCAGGACUUGCUUCAUUAGAAACUUAAAUUACACCAGGACUUGCUUCAUUAGAAACUUAAAUUACACCAGGACUUGCUUCAUUAGAAACAUACAUUAGACCAGGACUUGUUUCAUUAGAAACUUAAAUUACACCAGGACUUGCUUCAUUAGAAACUUAAAUUACACCAGGACUUGCUUCAUUAGAAACUUAAAUUACACCAGGACUUGCUUCAUUAGAAACUUAAAUUACACCAAUCUAGCUAUAACAUUAAACUGACAUUUUCCCAGGAUGUAAGGACCAUCCCGGCCAUGAAUAUUAUUUUCAAAAAAUGCUAAUUGAGAAAACAACUACACAAUGUUAACUAGCUAGCUGUUUACAGCCGCCACGGAACAGCUGUAAGUUCUUUGGGGUUCCAUGGUUCUCCUCCUAAAAAAGCUGUUAAAAAGGUCUAUAGGUCCCAGCAGUAUACAGACACUACUGCCCCGGUCCCAGCAGUAUACAGACACUACUGCCCCGGUCCCAGCAGUAUACAGACACUACUGCCCCGGUCCCAGCAGUAUACAGACACUACUGCCCCGGUCCCAGCAGUAUACAGACACUACUGCCCCGGUCCCAGCAGUAUACAGACACUACUGCCCCGGUCCCAGCAGUAUACAGACACUACUGCCCCGGUCCCAGCAGUAUACAGACACUACUGCCCCGGUCCCAGCAGUAUACAGACACUACUGCCCCGUCAUCAUCACCACCAUAUUGUUUAUCAUCAUCACCACCAUAUUGUUUAUCAUCAUCAUCAUCAUAUUGUUUAUCAUCACCACAGGAGGCAGUUGGUAUAUUAGAUUCUAUUUCACCCGCAAUACAGCCUUUCGUUUAGACUAAAUGUUUGUACAUAUUAUAUCAUAUUAUAUUAUCAUAUUGUUUUCUUUACCUGCCUGACACCUUUAAUGGGUCUGUAUGUGUACACCGCCACCUUUAAUGGGCCUGUAUGUGUACACCGCCACCUUUAAUGGGCCUGUAUGUGUACACCGCCACCUUUAAUGGGUCUGUAUGUGUACUCUACCACCUUUAAUGGGCCUGUAUGUGUACACCGCCACCUUUAAUGGGCCUGUAUGUGUACACUACCACCUUUAAUGGGCCUGUAUGUGUACUCUACCACCUUUAAUGGGUCUGUAUGUGUACACCGCCACCUUUAAUGGGCCUGUAUGUGUACACCGCCACCUUUAAUUGGCCUGUAUGUGUACACCGCCACCUUUAAUGGGCCUGUAUGUGUACUCUACCACCUUUAAUGGGCCUGUAUGUGUACUCUACCACCUUUAAUGGGCCUGUAUGUGUACUCUACCACCUUUAAUGGGUCUGUAUGUGUACACCGCCACCUUUAAUGGGCCUGUAUGUGUACACCGCCACCUUUAAUGGGCCUGUAUGUGUACUCUACCACCUUUAAUGGGUCUGUAUGUGUACUCUACCACCUUUAAUGGGUCUGUAUGUGUACACCACCACCUUUAAUGGGCCUGUAUGUGUACUCUACCACCUUUAAUGGGCCUGUAUGUGUACACCGCCACCUUUAAUGGGCCUGUAUGUGUACACCGCCACCUUUAAUGGGCCUGUAUGUGUACACCACCACCUUUAAUGGGCCUGUAUGUGUACUCUACCACCUUUAAUGGUUCUGUAUGUGUACUCUACCACCUUUAAUGGGCCUGUAUGUGUACUCUACCACCUUUAAUGGUUCUGUAUGUGUACUCUACCACCUUUAAUGGGCCUUCUCAAAUGGAUAAUUGUAACUCAAUCUUCUCUGGAUUGGAUAUACAUUCUACUUUUAUACAAAUCUACAAAAUUUGUAUGUAUUUAAAAAUCACAAUAUUUUGAAUAUUUCCUAUUGCUUCUUAACGUUACAUGAAGAUAUAUAUUUAUCAAGGUAUAGUUUUUAAUGCAAAUAUCAUUGUAUUUCCUUGUAUGUACUGUAAUGUGUUGGAGCUGGUAACUGUGUUGUUCUGUUGAGAAGGAGAGGAGGUACUUUGAUCUGGUUUAGAGUUCCUGGAACGUGUUGCCAUAUAACAAUAAACUGAAUAAUAAUGA